AUGGGUUCAGCACCGCAGGACAAGUACAUCCCAUGGGACGCGCCCGGCGUCGAGGUCAUGCAGCCGGGCGAGAAGGAGAAGAUCUGGGAGGUUUCCAACCUGUUCAAUCGUCUGCAGAUGAUGAACUUCAACGAGCACAUGCACUGCCUGCGUGGAACUCACUUGAAGACCCAGGGCGUGAGUCGUCGAACCCGUCCCUCUCCCCCCAAAUCCGAAUGGAAGCUCUCGCAUCAGACCAUCAUGGUUGACCUCUCAUGAAUAGUGCGUCAUCGGCCGCUUCGUCGUCCACGAGAACCUGCCCGAGCACCUCGCCCAGGGCAUGUUCGCCAAGCCCGGCUCCUACGACUGCAUCAUGCGCUACUCCUCCCUCACCCCCAAGCUCCUGCCCGACAACAUCCCACAGCCCCGAGGAAUCGGGAUCAAGAUCUUCGGCAUCGAGGGCGAGAAGAUGUGGGGCGAGGACAAGAAGACCCAAGAUUGGACCUUCAACAACUACCCCGUCUUGGAAUUGAGGACGCCAAAGGAUACCUUUGAGAUCAUCGACUCCCUGGAGCGCAACUGGAAUACGCUGGAGAAGUUUGCGGGCGAGCUCGGGGAGCGUCCGGAUGCGGAGGUUGCUACCAUGCCUGCCAAGCUUCCCAAGCAGCACAGUAAGUCCAAUACCACUUCCUUUCCUUCUGAAAGAAGCCUCGGUGAGUUCACACGCAAUGUCCGCAGUGGUCGCCAUGCCCGAGUGGUCCCAAUCCGCCUACCGCCACGGCGACUACGUCGCCAAAUACGGCGUCUUCCCCAAGGGCCAGGAGCAAAUCAACAUCGCCAACGACCUCAUCAAAGACGACGACCCCAUCAACAUCCUCUCCCAACACACCCGCAACUUCCACCUCUCCCACAAGGUGACCUACAGCUUCUGCGCCCAAAUGCUGCAGAACCUCGACGAGCAGCCCGUCGACGACAUUGGGGUCGAAUGGGACGAGAAGAGAUACCCCAUGGAAGAGAUUGCGCAUUUGGAAUUCGACCCGCAGGAUUCGUGGUUGCCGGAAUUCAGAGUCUGGUGGGAUGAUCGUAUCACGGUCAAUUCGUGGCAUGGAUUGAAGCUGCAUCAGCCUCUGGGUUCCACCAACCGUAUGAGGAGGGUGGUUUAUGCCGAGAGCAGGAAACUGAGGAUGAAGGUCAAUGGUAACAAGGAGUACAUUGAGCCCGCCAGUAUUGCGGAGGUUCCGGCGCCAAUCCCGGCCGUGCAGCUGCCGUAUAACCCCAAGUCCGGGCAGAAUGCCAUCAACUCGGUGCAGGUGAAGGCUGCUACGGUCAUGUAA